AUGCCUCGUACAGGAUCUUUAUCUAUCAAGCAUGCUUUGAAUGUCCUGGGCAUCAACUGUUACCACGGUGUCAAUUUAGCGGACAACAGCACCGACAAGUGGUUUUUUCUAGAAGCGGCACGAGCGAAAGUCGAACACAAAAGCCUUGAAUACAGUCAUCGAGAAUGGGACCAAGUCCUUGCUAACUUUGGCGGAGUGAGCGAUAAUCCUUGUAUUGCAUUCAGUGAUGAGCUUAUUGCGGCUUACCCCGAUGCCAAAGUCAUCCUAGUCAAACGUGAUGUCGCAUCAUGGGCCGAAAGCUUUUUGGAAAUCCUGAAAGACUGGAGGGGUGACUGGAAAUUUGUCUGGCUCUCACGGUAUGAUCGCUGGAUUUUCGGACCGCUGAAUGAGCUCUUGACGCUAUCACUUCAGAUAAUAUUUGGGGGUACUUCGAUCGAGUACCUUGAAAGGACAGCAACAUUGAAGUACAAGGAGCAUUAUCAGCAUGUCAAAGCAAUCACGCCUCCUGAUAAACUGUUAGAGUACACUCUGGGGAGUGGCUGGGAGCCCCUAUGCACAUUUUUGGGUAAGCCAGUGCCAAAUGAACCUUUUCCACGAGUGAAUGAUCGCCAGGCAUUUCUAAGAUCGACUCGGUGGAUUCGGUGGGUUUACGUGGCUCUAUUGGCAGGUACCGGUGCACUUGUCGUGUUGAUUCCGAUUUUAAUUGGUCGGUGGAUGUAUUAG